AUGGCCGACGAAGAGACACAACUGGCCUUGGCCAACCCCGCCGCGGACGCGCUGCGCGAGUCGCAAGACACCGCAGUCGUCGCCGCAGCACCCACGGGCAAGAAGAUGGUCAAGAAGAUUGUCCGCAAGAAGCGGAAGCCCGCGCGCGUGCAAAUCGACCCCUCGCUCAUCACCUCGGAGCCGCCGCCCCAGACCGGCACCAUCUUCAACAUCUGGUACAACAAGUGGUCCGGCGGCGACCACGACGGCAACGCGCAGACCAAGGCCAAGGGCCGCUGCAACAUUGCCACCGACGCCGGGUACACAAAGGCCGACAGCCUCACGGGCAGCUUCUUCUGCGUGAGCUUCGCGCGCGGCGUCUGCGCAAAGGGCGUCGACUGCGACUACCUGCACCGCCUGCCGGGCGUGUACGACAUCUUCGGGCCCAACAUCGACUGCUUCGGGCGCGACAAGUUUUCCGACUACCGAGACGACAUGGGCGGCGUGGGCAGCUUCAUGCGCGUCAACAGGACCGUGUAUAUCGGCCGCAUACACGUCACGGAUGAUAUUGAGGAGAUUGUGGCCCGUCAUUUUGCAGAAUGGGGCCAAGUCGAGCGCAUCCGCGUGCUCAAUCAGCGCGGUGUCGCGUUUGUCACAUAUUCCAACGAAGCGAAUGCGCAAUUCGCCAAAGAAGCCAUGGCGCACCAAUCGCUCGAUCACGACGAAGUCCUCAACGUCCGAUGGGCGACGGCCGACCCGAACCCGAUGGCACAGGCCCGCGAGGUCCGUCGAAUCGAGGAGCAGGCCGCCGAGGCCAUCCGCCGCGCUCUCCCUGCCGAAUUCGUCGCCGAGAUCGAGGGCAAAGACCCCGAUGCGCGCAAGCGGCGCAAAAUUGAGAGCAGCUAUGGUCUCGAGGGGUACGAGGCGCCUGACGAGGUGCACUUUGCGCGCGGCGCCAACGCAGUGAACCCGCUCGGCCGCGAAGGCUUCGAGCUGGAGGACCAGCAGCGUCUCAUGAUUGAGAAUGGCGAGGCAUUUGCAGACAGCGAUGGGCAAGGGCAGGAGCAGCAACAACCACAAAAAGAGGAACAGAGCGGGGGAAUCUUCUCUGGGAGCACGCUGGCAGCACUCAACAGAGCAAAGAUUUCGGUACCAUCACAACAGAAAGCAGCGGCCGCGGCGGGACCUCUUGUAUCAUACGGAAGUGACAGCGAUGACGAUGAAUAA